GGAAGGAACCUCAUGCUUGCAACAUGGAGAAAGUUUCAGCAUUGAAAGACCAGGGCAACAAAGCGCUGAGCGCAGGAAAUAUUGAUGAGGCUGUGAGGUGCUACACCGAAGCCUUGACUCUCGACCCUUCAAACCAUGUCCUGUUCAGUAACCGCUCAGCUGCCUAUGCUAAGAAAGGCAACUAUGAGAAUGCUCUCCAGGAUGCCUGUCAGACCAUCAAGAUAAAGCCUGACUGGGGCAAGGGCUACUCCCGCAAAGCCGCAGCUUUGGAAUUUCUUGGCCGAUUGGAAGAUGCCAAGGCAACUUACCAAGAGGGACUCCGGCAAGAGCCAAGUAAUCAGCAGCUAAAGGAGGGUUUACAGAACAUCGAGGCCCGGCUUGCAGAGAAAUCAAUGAUGAACCCAUUCGCCAUGCCCAACUUGUAUCAGAAGCUGGAGGGUGAUUCUCGGACCCGUGAGUUAUUGUCAGACCCCAGCUACAGAGAAUUGCUGGAGCAGCUCAGGAACAAACCAUCGGAGCUUGGCACGAAGCUGCAGGAUCCCAGAGUGAUGACCACACUCUCUGUGCUGCUGGGACUGAAUCUCUCUGAGAUGGAGGAAGAGGAGGAGCCCACCCCCCCUCCUCCCCCCAAGCCCAAAGAGACUCAGCCACCUCCACCCAAAGAGGAAGACCUUCCUGAAAACAAGAGAAAGGCCUUGAAGGAAAAAGAACUUGGGAAUGCUGCAUAUAAGAAUAAGGACUUUGAACUGGCGCUGAAACAUUAUGAAGAAGCAAUCAAACAUGACCCCACCAACAUGACGUACAUUUCUAAUCAAGCAGCUGUGUACUUUGAAAAGCAAGACUUUGAGAAGUGUCGAGAGCUGUGUGAGAAGGCCAUUGAUGUCGGCAGAGAGAACAGAGAAGACUACAGACAGAUUGCAAAGGCCUUGGCUAGGAUUGGCAACUCAUACUUCAAGCAGGAAAAAUACAAAGAAGCUGUUCAAUAUUUCAACAAGAGUUUGACAGAGCAUCGUACCCCUGGCGUCUUGAAGAAGUGUCAGCAGGCAGAGAAGAUACUGAAGGAGCAGGAGAAACUAGCCUACAUCAACCCAGAAUUAGCCCUGGAAGAGAAGAACAAGGGCAACGACGCCUUCCAGAAAGGAGACUACCCAUUAGCCAUGAAACAUUACACUGAGGCCAUCAAGAGAAACCCCAAUGAUGCCAAACUCUUCAGUAACAGAGCUGCCUGCUACACAAAGCUGCUGGAGUUUCAACUUGCCCUGAAGGAUUGUGAAGAGUGCAUCAAACUUGAGCCCACUUUCAUAAAAGGCUACACGCGUAAAGGAGCUGCUUUGGAGGCCAUGAAAGAUUAUUCUAAAGCUAUGGACGCGUACCAGAAGGCUCUGGAGCUCGACUCUUCCUCAAAGGAAGCCACAGAGGGCAUGCAGCGCUGUAUGGUCAGUCAGGCCAUGAGGAAUGACAGCCCUGAGGAAGUGAAGAAAAGGGCCAUGGCUGAUCCUGAGGUGCAGCAGAUUAUGAGUGACCCAGCAAUGCGCAUGAUCCUUGAGCAAAUGCAGAAGGACCCUCAGGCUCUCAGCGACCACUUAAAGAAUCCAGUUAUUGCCCAGAAGAUUCAGAAACUCAUUGACGUUGGACUGAUAGCCAUUCGUUGAUGAGAGACAAGAGCCAGAUGUGUGAAGAAACUCCCAAGACUACAGUGGUACAACAUGCAAAACCCUCCAAAAUAUUACAUCCUCUUUUUUGCCUUCAAAAUUCAAAACGAUAUUGUCCUUAGUCUCACUGAGACUUUGUGUGUAUGUUAUGUUUUUUAAAAUUUCACAACUUUUACAUUGUAUCUAAGAAAGCAUCUUGUUGUCAUCUGGAAAACUUCAGGACUCCAGAAAUCUUUCUCUGGAAAAUCUGGAUUCAUGUGUACAGAUACUUAAAUACAUCUUAAAAUAAACAUCACAUUGCACUGCA